AUGAAGUACUCCGUCGUCCUCGCUGCCCUCGGCGCCUCCGCCGUCAUGGCCUCCCCGGCCGGCGACGUCACCCCCAACACCAUGUUCGCCCUCGACAAGCGUGCCAGCUUCCCCAUCCCCUCCUCCAAGGGCUCCGUCACCUACAAGUCGGCCCAGAAGAUCUCCGGCACCUUCGACGGUGGCAUGAAGACCUACGGCCGUGGCGUCAGCUGCACCGGUCAGGCUGAGGGCGGCGACUCGGACGCCGUCUUCAUCCUCGCCAACGGCGCCACCCUCAAGAACGCCAUCAUCGGCAAGGACCAGAUCGAGGGUGUCCACUGCGAGGGCUCCUGCACCGUCGAGAACGUCUGGUGGUCCGACGUCUGCGAGGACGCUCUGUCCCUCAAGGGCGACGGUAACGCCAAGAUCGUUGGCGGUGGUGCCAGCGGCGCUGCUGACAAGGUCAUCCAGCACAACGGCAUGGGUACCGUGACCAUCGACGGCUUCACCGCCGUCGACUUCGGCAAGCUGUACCGCAGCUGCGGUAACUGCAAGAAGAUGGGCCUCCGCAACGUCGUCGUCAAGAACGUCAAGGCCUACAACGGCAAGUCCCUCGUCGGCAUCAACUCCAACUACGGCGACAAGGCCACCAUCACCGGCACCUGCGCCACCUCCGUCAAGGAGAUCUGCGUCGAGUACCAGGGCACCAGCCCCGGCAACGAGCCCAAGAAGAUCAGCUCCGGCCCCAGCGACCACUGCGUCUACAAGACCCUGAGCAGCUGCUAA